UUCCCCAUUGGUUUGACCGGUUGCUUUCUACUUAUUUGCCUUUUAGCCCCUCCUUUUGUUGUAAAUGUCAUUUUCCCUCAUAAAUAUUUAUGUUGGUCGAGUAAUGCCCUUUUCUUAAGUCGAAAUUUCAAUAAUUCUUUGCUUCUCAAUUGGACUUGUAUUAUUAGACAUAGCUUCCUCGUACAUUAUAACAAACCUCAAUUCUGGUACAUUCUCAUGAUUGGAUUUCUUGCAACAUGUGUCUUACAUUUCCUAGGUAACAAGCCACCAAAAAAAUUUAUGCCUUGAGAAAAAAGUAAUAGAACUCAAUCUUGAAAUGAAGGUCAAUCUUUAGAAUCUUCGUCUAUCAAAGGAUAUUUAUUCUAUUAUUAAAAGGUUUCUGCAUAAAUCAUCAUCUUGCAAAAAGUUCUGACUUGGGAAAUUAAAGAAGCUGCUGCCAUAAUCAGUACUCUAGUAUUUGUUUCAAGUGUUGAAGGUAAUAAGAACAUGGCUCCACGUUUGCUUCACGGGACUCUUCAUGCAACCAUAUACGAGGCUGAUCGGUUACAGGGUCGAUUCAACUUCGACUUAUGUGGCGGCACGGCUGGCAAUCCACAAAAAAGAACAAAAAGAUUUUUGUCACAGUUCAAGAGAUAUGUUCUCUGUCGGCCCGAGGUUGUUGGCUCCAGAGUGUACGCCACAAUCGACUUAGAACGGGCACGUGUCGGAAGAACAAGAAUGAUCGAAAACGAGCCUUCGAAUCCACGGUGGUACGAGAAUUUCCACAUAUACUGUGCGCACACAGUUUCCAACAUAGUCUUCACCGUGAAAGACGACAAUCCAAUCGGAGCAAUCUUGAUCGGCAGGGCAUACUUACCCGUGGAGGACCUCAUCAGCGGCCGUGCUGUCGACCGUUGGAUCGAAAUCGUAGACGAAGAUCGGAACCCAAUCCACGGAGGCUCCAAAAUCCACGUCAAACUCCAAUACUUCCACGUCUUUCAAGAAAGCAACUGGUCACAGGGAAUCAAAACCCCAUCUUUUGGUGGUGUGCCCUACACAUUCUUCAGACAGAGACAAGGCUGUAAAGUCUCCCUCUAUCCAGACGCACACGUGGAGGAAGACAACAUCACGCAGUUCCUCCGUUCGGAGGGCUAUUACGAGCCUCAGAGAUGCUGGGAGGACAUGUUUGAUGCCAUUAAAGAUGCUAAGCACUUGAUCUAUAUAACGGGUUGGUCCAUUUACACGAAGAUCACGCUGAUAAGGGACCCCACAAGGCCAAAACCCGACGGAGAAACGACUCUCGGAGAGCUUCUAAAGAAGAAAGCAAACGAAGGCGUGAACGUUCUUGUGCUCGUGUGGGAUGACAGAACCUCAGUCAAGGAGCUGAAACGUGACGGACUUAUGGCGACCCACGAUCAAGAAACGAGGGACUAUUUUCAGAACACGAACGUUCGUUGCGUUUUGUGCCCUAGAAAUCCAGACAAUGGCCAUAGCAUAUUGCAGGGAAUCGAGGUUUCGAGUAUGUUCACACACCAUCAGAAGACGGUUGUGGUGGACAGUGGUGGGUCCCACGGAGGAGGAGAGAAACGGAGGAUAGUUAGUUUUCUUGGUGGAAUCGAUCUUUGCGACGGCCGUUACGACACGAGAAAGCACUCUGUUUUUCGGACACUAAACACGGUCCACAACGAGGAUUUUCACCAGCCGAAUUUUCCGGAAUCCUCGAUAAAGAAAGGCGGUCCCCGCGAGCCGUGGCAUGAUAUCCACUGCCGCCUCGAGGGGCCCGCUGCAUGGGAUGUGCUGUACAAUUUCGAACAACGAUGGAGAAAGCAAGUGGGGAAUCAGUAUAUAUACUCAAUCAAUGAGCUGGACAAAUUCAUAGCUCAGCCAACAGAAGUCAAUGUUCCUUCUUCAUUAGAAGACAAAGAAAUCUGGAGCGUCCAAAUAUUCCGAUCGAUCGACGGUGGAGCUGCGUUCGGGUUCCCGGAUAAACCGGAGAAAGCGGCGGAAUUAGGUCUAAUCAGCGGCAAAGACAGUGUGAUCGAUCGGAGCAUACAAGAUGCUUACAUACACGCAAUUCGUAGAGCAAAAAACUUCAUAUACAUCGAGAAUCAGUAUUUUAUCGGAAGCUCGUUCGACUGGAAGAAGAAAACGGGGGAUAAUAUAAUAAUCGAGGAUAUAAACGCGUUGAAUCUAAUACCGAAGGAGCUCUCGUUGAAGAUAGUGAGCAAGAUUCACGCGGGCGAGAGAUUUACGGUGUAUGUUGUGAUUCCCAUGUGGCCGGAGGGUGUACCCGAGAGCGCCUCGGUUCAGGCAAUCUUGGAUUGGCAGAAGAGGACAAUGGAGAUGAUGUACACAGAUAUUGCUAAUGCCUUGAAAGCUAAAGGAGUUGGUAAUGUUGAUCCUAGAGAGUACUUAACUUUCUUUUGUCUUGGCAAUAGAGAAAUCGAAACCCCCGGUGAAUAUAUACCCACCGAGAAACCCGCUCCCGAUACGGACUACGGCCGAGCUCAAAAGUCGAGGCGGUUCAUGAUUUACGUUCACUCGAAGAUGAUGAUAGUGGACGAUGAAUACAUAAUCGUUGGAUCGGCGAAUAUAAACCAAAGAUCGAUGGAUGGGGGAAGAGAUUCGGAGAUAGCGAUGGGGGGGUUUCAGCCCCAUCAUUUGGUCAAUGGGAACAUGCCAGCUAAGGGUCAGAUAUUUGGGUUGAGAAUGGCUUUGUGGUGUGAGCAUCUACUUAGAGAAGAUGACACGUUUCUUCGUCCGGAGAAUAUUGAGUGUGUAAGGAAUGUUAAUGCGAUUGGUGAUGAGAAUUGGAAGUUGUACUCGAGCGAGAAGUUUGUAGAAGAUCUUCCGGGGCAUCUUCUUAGCUAUCCGAUUAGUGUGUCGAGUAGCGGUGAGAUUAAUGCGAUUCCCGGUUUCGAGUUCUUUCCGGAUACUAAAGCGAAAGUACUUGGAACUAAAUCGGAUUACCUUCCUCCGAUUCUCACUACUUGAUCAGACAGUACUGAAAUAAUGUAACAGUUUAAUUUGUUUAUAAUGUAAUAUAUGCACACUCCUACGAAACCCCGAAUAAGAAUCUACAGCACAUUAAAA